AUGGUUUUUUCUUCAAUUCCAGCUUAUCUUGAUUCAGCCAACUGGCAAGAGCAUCAAAAUCAUCAAAUUGGAAAUAGUUCCACAAGCUCUUUUCUUCCACCUGCACCACAGCCUGCACCGCUUCCACCACCAUCCCAGCAGCAUCCACAUGCCACUGGUGGUUCAGGAUCAAUUCGGCCGGGCAGCAUGGCUGAACGAGCCCGGUUAGCUAGCAUACAGAUGCCAGAGGCUGCCCUCAAAUGCCCUCGCUGUGAAUCCACAAAUACAAAGUUUUGCUAUUUCAACAACUAUAAUUUUUCGCAGCCUCGACACUUUUGUAAGUCCUGCAGAAGGUACUGGACUAGAGGCGGCGCUCUGAGAAACGUCCCGGUUGGAGGUGGUUGUCGGAGAAAUAAAAGAAGCAAAGGUUCUAAUACAAAGUCUCCUGUCAACACUGAGGGGCAAAUUAGCACAUCCAGUUCUCCCAAUACUGUUUCCUCUAACAAUGGAAUUACAACCAAUCUAUUAGACAUCAACCCUCAAAUUCCGCCUCAUAGGUUUAUGUCUCCUUUGAGUCAAUUCACUGAUAACUACAAUACAGGUGAUAUUAGCUUAAGUUACAGUGGAAAUGCAACUCCGGUAGUGGGAACAAACGAAAGGAAUUUUCCAGUAGAAAGCAACUUACUUUGUGGUCAGAUUGGUGGUGGAAUGACUUCCUUAUUAUCAAGUGGGGGCAUUGAGCAGUGGCGGCUGCAGCAGCAAUUCCCUUUCUUCGGUGGUUUGGAUCCAUCUCCUUCCGGGCUUUACCAAUUUCAAGGCGGAUUGGAGCAGUCGAGUUUUGUUGGUGAUCAUACCACGAGGCCUAAACUUUCCGGCUCAAUGUUGACUCAACUUGCAUCAGUGAAAUUGGAAGAAAAUCCCAGAUUGAAUUUGUCAAGGCAGUCUAUGGUAAAUGAUCAGUGGAGUACUGGUGCUUCUAAUUGGACAGAUCUCUCUAGUUUUAACUCUUCUUCCACAAGCAAUCCCUUGUAA